AUUGGACUCCGAAGAAAAACGUUUAUGACAACAUCUCUCUUAGUCUCUUGAAAAGUUGCAAUAGCCAACCUCCUUUGAUUCACAUUUGUGGCCCUGUUCAUUGCUUACACCACCCUCUUGCCUUUCUUGAACCAGUCACGGUCCACGCCUCUAAAACCCUCUUUGUUUGCAACCCUCUUCUUCUUCUUUCUUAGUUUGUUUUUUCUCUGCAAAAGAAAUCUUCAAGAAAACCCGCAAUUAAUCUUAAAGAGAACAAAAAGCAAAAAACUUCUGAAGGAGAAGGAAGAAAUGCUCGUGUUGAUACAUAUUUGGUGGGCAGGGGGUGCGGCUGUAGUUGCUUCAAUGAUUUUUGCCUUGGCAGUUUGGCGAUGUUUUUGUUUCAAAAACCGUAGAGGUACUGUUGAUCCGUUAAGAACUAAUGGAACUUCAAGCUUGCAGGAUGGGAUCGCAAAGCUUCACCAAGGGAGUAUACAUCAUCAACCUGGUCAAUAUGAAACCAAAAGAAGAGGAAAUUAUUAUGUUUUUCGUCGUGGGGUUUCUACAAGACCUUUGUUCAAUUGGGCUGAUCACCCGGCGCUUAUUACUGACGCGGUCGAAAAUGGAUGGUCUAGAUUUUGUUUUACAAGCUACAUGCCAUCUCCUUCCACGCGAUCAUCCAUGCUAGGUUUAUGUGCCGCCGGUGAUCUUGGAAGAGAAACAGAUACAGAGAUAAGCUGGGAAGUUUGUCAAGGAUCAGCUGAUUUUAUGCAGAAGAUAAGGCUGAAUUCGGGGUUAAAGAAGGUUAAUGUAAGCAAUCCUUCUCUGUCUGCUGCUUCUGUAAUUAGAACUGCUUUGCCUUUACCAGGGCCUCCACUGGGGAACUCUUCUUUUCCCCAAGAAGCCUAUUUUGAGAUCACAGUUUUGUAUUCCCACGGCGACGAUCAAGAAUCUGCUGGCAAGGUUAAGGAAGGUGAGAGGGCUAAACUCAUCCAAGAAAAACCCAACGCAAAAGCGAAUUCAGAAUCUUUAGUGCAUGUAAGCAGCAGCAGAAUCAGCAAAAUUGAAGAAUUAAAGCUCGCCGGCAAAGAUGAUUGUCAAGGUUCAGCAGUUAUGCUAUCUGUUGGGCUCACUAUUGGAGGCUCUCUUCCCUUGAAACUUCCUGGAAGCUAUCCAGGAUCAGUUGGAUUCAACUCCAAUGGUUCUCUCUAUCUUGAUGGUAUGGAGCUUGUGUUUGAAUCCGAGAAAGCAGAAUGGGCAAGAGCAGAUAAAGUAAUUGGCUGUGGAUUUGAUCCUAGGAAUAAACAAGUGUGUUUCACAGUAGAUGGAGAGCUGUUACAUGUAGUUCAUUGCAAGUCAGAGGAAUUCGGGACACCCCUCUACCCAACAAUUGCAGCAAACGAUAACAUAUUGGUUCUUGUCAAUUUCGGACAAAGUGCCUUCAGUUAUGCACGUGCAAAUGCUCAAAGAACACCAAAUCCUUGCUUCAUUGGCCCUCUCGUAAAGUCCCCUACUUUGGGCUAUGAUGAUAGCAUGGAGCUCUUCUCAAUGGGAAGAAUCGAUUCUCAGUGGCUCAAUAGUAGCACCACCAAGGACAGCCACAUCAGUGGAGCUAAUAAUCAAGGGCUUGACUUCGAUGACGAGUCUGAGGCUGAUUUAUUUGAAAUUGUCUUGGAUAAUGGCACUGGAAGAUCUCCAAACACCAGGCCUUAGCAGCCAGACGUGAGCAUCACUAACCAUUUUUACCAUUGGUUUCCUCUGUUCCGUGUGAGUGGCAUGGAUUUGCUGUAUAUGGAUGGAUUUCUCAAUAGUUUCAGCCAAUACUCUUUGAAAUGCUUAGAUAGGAACAGGUUUUGCGAGGAGUUCUGAUACUUCUCUUUUUCGGUAUAUUAUCAAAAAUACAUUUAUGAAUUUGUACAGCCACCACCAUAUUCUUUGA